UUUAGUGCUCGAGUGUUAAUUACUGUCGAGGAUAGGAUAGUAGCGUGUUCUCUCAGUGUGUGGUUUGAUUAUCGUAGAUGUGAAUCAUUUUCUGAAAAGUGCUGAGUAUAGUGAGAUGAUGUUGGAGUGUAAAAAUUAUGUCUUUUAUAUCCGAUUUAGUGGUGUACUUAUUCGUGAGUAAAAUUUUAAUAGUUGUAUCGAACGAAAACGAUUUAAAUUCCAAAAUUUGUAAUAAUAGUGAAAAUUUUCUCAAAACCCAGUUUUUGAAUGGAACUGAAGAAGAUGUGCGAAAAUUAACCCUGUAUCAAUCCUCAGUUGAGAUCCUAGAAGCAGAUAAUUUUACUAGAUUCAAAAACAGCUUGAUCCAUUUACAUCUAGUCGAACUGUACAAUUUGAAAUUUAUUGAAAAAAAUGCAUUUAACCAAUUAUCGCGUUUACAAUCUCUGUAUUUAUCCAGAGUACCGAAGUUAGAUUCGUUAUCUUUGGAUAUUCUAGAAAAUGAUUUAGUUGGAUUGAAAUAUUUACAUGUGGUUCUUACUGGAAUUAGAAAUGUGCCAAGGUUACGACGAAUCUUGGAACCAAUUAUGGAAAUUGUUGAUUUUGAAAGGAAUUCUAUCCAGAUUAUCAAAAAAAAUCAAGUAGUGGUGAGAGCCAAUCAAGUAAUUUUCGACUACAAUCAGAUAACAACAGUGGAAUCUUGGGCUUUUAACGGAUCAGAAAUAUCAAAAAUAAGCUUGAAAGGAAACAUGAAAUUGAGCGUUUUGUCAGAACACGCGUUCGAUGGAAUAAAAAGCUUGAGAAUUUUAGACUUAUCAGAGACUUCAAUAUCUAACGUGCCAACAAACGGAUUGAAAGAUUUAGAAACUUUAAUUAUUCAACGUACUUAUUCUUUGAAAACGAUACCAUCGAUAUAUGAUUUUCAUAAUUUAAAAGAAGCUGAUUUAACAUUUUCGUUCCACUGUUGCGCUUUCCAUUUACCAAGACGUCAUAAUCCAGAAAAAUACGCUCUUCAUAAAGCUUAUGUAGAAAAAAUGAAAAAAACAUGCCCUGAAUUUUCGUCAGCUCCAUCGGCAGCUUUUAGUCUUUCUAAAGAAGGUGCUCAAGACGGUACCUCCGAAGAUGAGGAAUGGCACGGUCGAAGAAAACGUCAAGUUUUCAUCAGGACUCUUCUUACUGAACCUAGCAAUAAGACCAUGGUUGCAUUCUGCGGAAACUUUUCAUUGAGAGAAGAUUUGGUCAAAUGUGGUCCUGAGCCAAACGCAUUCAACCCUUGCGAAGACAUAAUGGGUUACAAAUGGCUCAGAUAUAGCGUUUGGUUCGUUGUAUUGACCGGAUUAUGCGGCAAUAUUUGCGUAUUAAUGGUGAUCCUAGGCAAACAUGCUGAGCUGACAGUGCAGAAUUUGCUAAUAUGCAAUUUAGCCUUUUCGGAUUUAUGUAUGGCUUUCUUUUUGCUGAUGUUGGCUGUUGAGGAUUUGAUCUCGGAAGGGGUAUAUUUUAAUUACGCUUACGAUUGGCAACGAGGUGUGGGAUGUAAAGUAGCCGGAUUCGUGAGCAUAUUCUCGAGCCAGUUGUCCAUCUUUAUUCUGACUCUCGUAACGGUAGAAAGAUGGUUCACUAUUAAAAGAGCCUUGUACACGAAUCGACUAACAAUUCGUAAAACAGCUGUGAUUAUAUUUUUUGGAUGGUCGAAUGCCUUGCUUAUGGCUUCUUUGCCAUUGUUUGGAAUCUCCAGCUAUUCAGCUGCUAGUUUAUGUUUACCGAUGAGAAUCGAGACAGGUGUCGAUACAGCUUACGUCCUAUUCCUGCUACUCACAAGUUUUGCGGCCUUUGUGACAAUCUGCGUUUGUUAUUAUCAAAUUUACUUCUCGUUGAGUUACGAAACACGUCAUAAAGAUGGAGAAUACGUGUUGGCUCGUAAAAUGACCAUUUUGGUGGCUACAGAUUUCCUGUGCUGGGCACCGAUUACGUUUUUUGCUCUGACCGCUGUUGUGGGAUUCCCUUUGAUUGAUAUCACAAACUCGAAGAUCUUAUUGGUGUUUUUUUAUCCGCUCAAUUCGUGCGCUAAUCCGUUCCUGUAUGCUAUUUUGACGACGAAUUUUAAACGCGAUUUGGUGUAUUUGUUGUCGAAGAUUGGAAUUUGUAGAAAAGCUGCACGUAAAUACAAAUUAAUUUAUUACCAUCCAAAAGACAACUCGGAGCAUCCAAUUCCUCGGCCACUUACAUCUCACACUUCAUUGUAGAAUCAAUUCGAAAAAAAAUACAUAAACUACGUAAAAGGUAAGAAACUCACAACUCGUACGAUUUAUUUAGAAAAAAAAAACAAACAAACAAACGAAACAAAAUUGAAAAUACUCGAUAUAAAAGUAACACAAAAUAGUAAAAAUAUCUAGUUACGAAUUAUGACAGUAAAAUCAAAAUUACCUAUUUACGUAAAAGCAUCAAAGAAGGAUGUCAAGGGAAGCCUACUAUAAGAAUAGAUACGAUUUAUCCAACCGUGUAAUAUAAAAUACCUACUCAGAUAGGUAGUUAUCGUAUAGGCAUAUAAAACCCAUCGAUUAUUCUAGUAUUCAAAUUACCUGUACAUGAAUUUCGAUACGAAUGGAAUGCUAAAAUAGGUAUAAGAUAUAGAAAGUAGGUAGAUAUUAAUGAUGUUUCCCAAAAACAAAAGAUAA